UUUACCCUCUCUUCCACUCUCCACGGUCACAUACGAUCUCUUUUCCACCCCCCAAGAGCUCUCGUUCGUCGCAAGGCUCGUGGCAGGACAUUUGUUUGUUCCGCCGUUCCAUUCAUUCCGUUUGCGUGCUUUGUUCGCAGCUGCGCCCUCUCUUUGACCGGCUUAUUACACAUUCUUUUUUUCUCUUCGGUACUCUAGGUACCAUAUCACACUAGGCGUUGACGCCAGCUUCUCGGCUCCGUCGCAUCCAUUCCUUUUUUUGGCCGGCGCAGCAUAUCAAUUCACCAAACUGACCUGUUCUUCAAAAUCGCCCAUCGGCAGUCGCAAGUUGUUCUGAAUAGAAUUUACAAGUGAUAAAACAAUAUUUACGAUUCGAUUGCAUUCGAUACUUGGACGCUUAGCGCACAGUGUGCAGUGGAGGGAUUGGUGUAGGCCGUUUGACCUGCACCCGCCACUCAUUUUUACCCACCUAUAGACGACAAACGUAUUUUAAACUGGUCGCGAGGACGACAGCCAGCUCAAAAUGGUUCACCGAAGACAUAUGCAGCUGCAUCAGCGGCAGAAGCUGCGAGAGAGGAAUUCUCAGGAGGUUGAGGCGGCUCACUUGGAGGAUAUCGCACUGAAGCUGGAGAAGCGCCAGCGCGGAAGUUUGAAGGAUGCUUGGGAGGACUUCACCGAUGGUAUCAGGGACGCAUUUACCCCGCCGCCGAAGACCACCAAGUCCGAGGACGAUGAGAAACCUGCGACGAAGCCACAGGGAGGCAGGACACAGGCAACGACCACUCAUGAGUCGGCCGCCAAAUCGACACCUACUCCGACGAGUCGCAAUAUCGUGACAAAGACCGAUGAGCAGGUCAAGGGAACCCCUCUCCUAGUUGCCCCUAGUGAGUCGAAGACGUCGGAGGCAUCCAGCACGCCCACACCGCAAGAUCCGACCUUGCCCGCCUCUAUCGUUGCGCCCAGCCAGACACAGUCACCGGCUUCCGGGACCGAUGCCCCAUUGGCGGUCGCCAAGGACACACCAACCUUGCCGAUAGCUCCCAGCUCAACUCCCACACCUACCAGCGCCGCAAGCAAGGCAGAAGACUCCGGCAGUGCUGCCGCCAAGGCUGGUAUUGCAUUUGGUAUCAUCGGUGGUCUGCUAGUCAUCUCCCUGCUCAUCUUCUUUUUGUUCAAGAAGCGCAAGCAACAGAUGGAGAGGCGCGAACUCCAGGCGGAGGAUGAAAAGUUCUCGGGAGCUUUUGCCGCGAUCCCCAACUCCAACGCACGCCGAUCAUCUCGCCACCAAUCCCAUCGCCUGAGCCUUGCUCCUCUGAACCGACAGCCAACCCUGCCGACAAACCUGAGUGGUGCCCCUCCCCUCUACCCCAAGAACUCGGACAGCGCCUGGGAGAGGCCGCGCACUGGCAACAGCGCCAACAACCCGGCGAACCCCUUUGGCAACCACGCCGAGACUAUGGAGCAGGCGGCUGUAGCCCCUGCUGCGGGCGCUGGGCUCGCUCGCAAGCAGUCCAUCCGCAAGGACGCACCUCACCCCCUUGACUUGACCCUGCCCCCUGUACCAGAAGCUGCCGGUAACCAAUCUAGCCCUGCCGGUACCGAAUACAGCGCCCACGAGAUGUCGCCUGGUGUCGCCGCUGUUGCGUCACCUGGCGCUGCCGCCAUUGCUGCUGCCGGUGGCCCUGCGCAAUCUGCUGUCCACCGUGUACAGCUCGACUUUAAGCCUACGAUGGAAGACGAGAUGGAGCUCAAGGCCGGCACUCUAGUGCGGCUAUUGUUUGAGUAUGACGACGGAUGGGCGCUGUGCAUUCGUUUGGACCGUUCCCAGCAAGGUGUCGUUCCAAGGACAUGCCUUUCCACCCGUCCACUCAAGCCUAGGGCCGGUGGCCCACCUGGACAGCGACCAGGACCACCGGUCAACGCAUACCGGGGAGCCAACCCCCCGGUUGCCAUGCAGACUCAGGGGUACAAGCCCCCGAGUCCAGUCGGAAGCAUGCGGCGACAAAGCCCAACCGAGCCUAGCCACCCGCAGACUCAAGGAUACAAGCCUCCGAGCCCCGUCGGCAGCAUGAGGCGGCAGAGCCCAAUUGAGGAGAAACCCAUGCCGCCGACGCCGCCUCAAGAAGAAGCAUCUCUGGCAAACGGCCAACCAGGCCACAGCCGGGCCAAACAGUCGAUCGAGCGAAAGCCGGUCCCUGGACAGGCCAUGUGAUGUUUUCCAUUAUCAAAAAUCCUACAGCCCAUCGCAAACCCACAAAGUUAGAGGCUUGCGUUUUAUAUAAAAAAGAAAAAGGGCGUAAUGAUUAGAUUUCUUGGGUCUCUCACGAUAUUUUCAUUGCUUUGUUCCAUAUAACCAUACCCCCACGCUCAUUUGUUACAGAUUCUUGUCACUCUUUCUUCCAAAGCCAUUUAGCAGUCAAAAUCUUUUCCUUGCCUAUCAGGAUAUCCCACCCACAGUCUCUUUUUUGUUUCUUUGGACAGUUUCAUGUAUAUGAUUCCCUUAUUAUCUUUGUAGGCUCAUCCUACACAAAAUAACAGGCACAGACCUAUUAUUCAUAACACUCUCAUUUCGUUCCGUCUGGUUUGUGCACGGGCGCUGGACCUUCGGCUGACUCGUUGGGGUGAAAAAAGUUCCACACAAUCCAUAGGAUAUUAUUCAGACCAUGUUGUCUACA